AUGAGUCUCAGCAAAAUUUUUGCAGCUUUCACGGCUUCUGCUGCUGUUGAACCAACAAAAUCAUCAUUAUUAUCAACUAAAACUUCAAAAGCAUCACCACAACCAACAGCAUCAAUAUAUAAAAUAUCACCAACCACACAAAUAACAGAUAAUAAUAUUGUAAUAACACCAAACGGCGAAUGUAGUCUAAAACGAUCAACAGCAAUUUUACGAUCAAAAAAUCAGAGACAUAAUUCAGUUCAAAGUUCGCCGCUACCUCGACGACAGAAUCACGUCGAAGAACAACAGCCGCCACCGAAUCUUCAUAUACAAACGACGGCAGCUAAACUUAACAGACUUCGUAAAACGCAAAGUAGUAACAGCAUGCUAUUUAAAAACCCACUUCGUCGUAAUUUGAGUUCAACAAGUAUACCAGUUGCUACAAAUACAAUAAUUACAUCACCACCGAGCCCGGAUGCAACAGUUCCUCUUUGGACGGAACAAGUUGAUGCUGAAACCAAGAAAAAAAUGGACCCAGAAACAAUUCAGCGUCAAGAAGUGAUGUUUGAAAUCAUUCGAACCGAGAAGGAAUUUGUCGAUGAUCUUCAGUACUUGUUAGAUCAUUAUGUAACGGCAAUCCAAGGAUCUCGUAUCGGUAUCCGUCUACCAAAUAGUCUAGUGCAAACAUUUUCUGUGUUGCAGGAAAUAUAUUAUAUGCAUAGAAACAUCUCGAGACAAUUACUUAAUCUUCAGGCAAUUUAUCAAGUAGUUCCAUCAAUAACGGAAGCACUUAAUAGCCUUGUGGUCAGCAUACGUAUAUACGAUAAAUAUCUUCUUUAUCACAAAGCUGCCAUAUCGGAACUUGCAAAUGCACGAAAAAAGGGUAAUAAACUUGGUCAAUUGGUGAAUAAACUUGAAUCUCAUGUGACAACUGGCAGAUAUCGCUCACUUGAGAGCUUAUUGACAAAACCCAUUCAGAGAUUAUGCAAAUAUCCUUUAUUAAUCAUGACUCUUCUUCGAGUUACGCCGGAAUUUUCGAUGGAGCUUCCCAUUAGAAUAGAUCAUGAACAAUUGAGUAAACUUCACAAUAAACUGGAUUGUGAAAUCCGAGAAUUGCAAGAAAGAAAUGAACGUGCAAAAAGGGAGGAAAACCUUAAUCGAAGAAUAAAUAAAAUAAAUAGUCUUGCGUUGAUGGUUACGCGUCAAAAUCGACGUCUCAGUAUAAUGGCAAGUACGCGGUGA